AUGGAUUCCUUCAAUUAUUGGACGAACAAUGUUGUUAAACGACCUCGUAAAGCAUUGGACAGUCCCCAUUUCUUCAAGGUUGUUAUGGCUAGUGCUCUCAAAGAUCAAAAGCUUGAAAUCCCAACAAAGUUUGUGAGAGAAUAUGGUGUAAAAGCUUUUGCAACUAACCAAAUAUGUCUCAAGGUGGCAGCAGAUGGUAGAAAGUGGAAUGUGGGUUUGACAAAAUCUAAUGAUGGAACAAGAGUGUGGUUUCACGAUCAUGGUUGGCAAACGUUUGUAGAGUUUUACUCUGUUGGAUUGGAGUAUUUUCUCGUCUUUAAAUACGAAUGUCAAUCUUCGAGCUUUUACGUGGUUAUCUUUGAUCGUACAGCUACAGAAAUCGAAUAUCCAAUAAAGAUAAUUUGUCUCGAUGAUGCUGAAGAAAAGGUAAAAAAGGAGACACAUAUAUCUCAAGGUAUGUUUCUUGUUUGA